UUAAAGUGUUUCAAAAUUUUUGUUUGUUGUUGUUGUUGUUGUUCAAUGUUAAAACAAAAAUAAUGCCUGAAAAAGCAACUAUAAAUUAUUAUGGAUUUUUUGGUCUCACAUUAGCUCUAAUAUCAAUUGGUUCAUAUUUUGUUAUAUUAACCCGGAGCUGUAUUGAGUAUGACUACCAUCAGUUGUCAUGUAUUGAGAUUACCGGUGCCGUAACGGGUCUACUAGUAUUUAUUGCCGGCCUUAUCGAUGCCGCCGAACAUCUAUAUAAACGAAAAUUUAUUUUCUAUACAAUAGUGGUUGGGUUUGUCGGACUGGGAGUACUGAUGUUUUACGGAUCGGUCGAAGCCGUACUGAUGACCGGCUCCUGUACUACACAUAUGUAUUACGAGCGGAACUUCGAUAUGUUGAGGAACAGUACCCGCUAUAGGUUUGAUGAGACGGAAGUGGAUAAUUGGUUUCAGAGGAAAUACGGCCACAAUAUUACGCUAUUUAUAUUCAACUUUACCGACGGUGUACUCCUAUGGAUGAUUGCCUAUAGUUUUCGUAAACGUUUUUAAAAUUAAAAUUUUAAUUUUUUAAUUAAUUAGUUUUAGUUUUUAAUAGGUUUUUCAUUAAUAAUAAAUUAAUUAUACAAUUAUAUAU